CCAAAAACCAUACGACACCGUUUAUGUUUAGGCAUCCGCCCCUUCUUCUAUUCCACCAGCAGACACUUCCACUUUCUUCCCCAAACACAUUUUGAUCCCAACCCAAUCCAUCCGAAAACAAACCCUCACUCACACCUGCAAAAUGGCUACAACCUUAGCGGCUCGUCAAGCGGCUAACAUCCUACGCCUCUCUUCUUCUAGAUCGGCUCCUCAAGCCGCUUCUCUUAUCCCGCGCCGCGGCCUCGCUGGCGCCGCCGAUCAUCAUGGACCGGCAAAGGUGGACUUCUGGAAAGAUCCGAUGAGCCCGUCUAGGUGGAAGGAAGAGCAUUUUGUUAUUAUUUCUCUAACUGGCUGGGGAUUGGCGAUAUUCGGUGGGUACAAGGCGUUUUCGGGAGGGAAGAAGAAAGAUGAGAAAAAGGCGGAAGCAGUGAACUAAGAGGUUGAAAUUUGCUGCAGAAGCUUUUUGCUAAUAAAUUUUUUGAAUGGUUCAAUGUAAGGUUUACUUGAAAUCCAACUAUCCUAUUUGGGGACAGUUUGAAUUCCUCAAGUGUUUUCUAGUUUCUAGUUUUAUAUUAUGCCUUUCAAUCUUACAUUUUGCAUAAAGACAUCACAUAUUUGAAUAACAACCAACUUCAGUCGCGAGUA